AUGUCUCUACGCAAACGGGGCGGGGAUGCGACCCCUGAGUUCGCGAUGGAUUUCAUCGAGAUUGACAGAUUGGUGAAACCACCUCAAAGCCCGGAAGAGCGGCGACUUCUGCAUCACUUCGUCACUGCCACUUCGUCGACGAUGGUCCCCGUGGAUGGCCUUCACAACCCGUGGAAGUCCAUAUACCCGUUGAUUGCAUCGAGAUCAGCAACUUCUCCUGGCGUGCGAUCUCUGCACCACGCUCUAUUAGCACAAUCGGCCUAUCAUUUGAUCAACCUGCUCGGCAAAGAUGCUGCUUGCCCAGAGAAGACUCGAGCGGGCUAUCACUACGGCCGUGCGCUUCGAGAACUUCGCAGAAACUUGCGGACAUCUACCGUAUAUGAAGAAUCUCUGGCAGCCCUACUAGCAAUUCCUUUGGCCGAGCACGUUUUUCGCGGCGAUGCUGAUGGAUGGCAUGUACACUAUGCUGCUGCCAUCGAGUUCGUAUGCCAGCACGCCCCGUCUCGGCCUUGGACCAAAUCAAUAGAGGCGUGGACCGUCAGCCAGAGCUUUGCGCUGGAGUACCUGAUUCUGCAGACCAGCAAAGGGUGCCCUUCUAGCUCAUCUCGCAUUCCAACUUCCAUGCACAAUGUACUUGAUGAGCUGUUAGAUAAGCCCAGCUUCGGCUACACACACGGUGGCACUGGCCACAUCUUCAGAAUGAUCUACCAGAUCAGGUGCCUUGAAGAGGACAUGUACCAAGAACACCCACAGGGAUUCACUGGAGUCAUGAAUGCGGCUAUGCAAACAAAACUGAGCGCUAUCAUCCGUCAACUGGAAAUGCCCAUCGAAGAUCAGGUCGACAUUUACGUUAGGCACCAGGAGACUUAUGGUAUCGAAAUAUCUCGUCACAUGCGCACAUCCAUCCAUCUCCACAUCGAGCUCUUUACAGUGGGCGUUGAACUAUAUCUCCUCAGCACAGUCCUACGCUGUCCGCCGUGCAGCGUUCAUGAAAAGGUUGACAAAGUUCUUGCGGCGACAGCAGAUUACGUCGACCUGCAACAGCGCGGCUCCUUCUCAAUCUGGCCUGUAUUCAUGGCUGCAACACAGGCAUACACGCCCGAAGCGCAAAGCCUGGCCACAUAUUGUCUACAAAGCGCCGACGACACUGGUGCAGCGAAUCGGCGAGAUGUGCAUCGCCUCGUCCGCCAGGUCUGGUUUGGACGACAGCGUUUGGCAGAGACCUUGCGUUGCGAUCCCGGCGGACUCUUCAUCGAUUGGCGGGAGGCUAUGAAGGGGCUGGGUUUAAAUGUCUUACUUCUCUGA